CUUGCUUUCUGGGUAUAUAAACCGCAUCAAGCUUAUCUCUGCACGCACUCCUGACUCCCAUUUGGAGAUAUUUCAUUAACCGCGCGCUGUCUUAACGCAGGCUACACAACUCAUCCAAUUCCAGUCAUCAGUCACCAGCGGAUUGCCAAACUGGUGCAGCAACUUUCCUGCAUACAUUUCCCCAGAAUAUGUCGUUGACCAACACAAAGACGGGCUUUUCUGUAAAGGACAUUUUGGACCUCCCUGACACGAAUGAUGAAGAAGGAUCUAUCACUGGACCGGAGGAAGAUAACGAGGGAUCAGAGACAACAAAAAACACUGGAGUUUUGGUGCAAAGUCCUCUAGAAAACGUUCAGAAUCUGCCUAUAAAGAACCCCUUUUAUGAUAGUAGUGACAAUCCUUACACAAGAUGGCUUGCCACCACGGACAGUAUCCAAUAUUCGCUGCAUGGUCUAUCAGCUAGUUCUCAAGACUCAGCCAAGUCCCCAGAACCCUCCGCGGACGAAUCGCCAGACAAUGACAAGGAAACUUCAAGCAACGGCAGCGACUCCGGUAAGAAGAGAAAAAGAAGAGUGCUGUUUUCCAAAGCACAGACGUACGAACUUGAGCGUCGAUUUAGGCAACAGAGAUACCUUUCCGCGCCAGAGAGAGAACACCUCGCGAGUUUGAUUCGCCUGACUCCAACUCAAGUGAAAAUUUGGUUCCAGAAUCAUCGAUACAAAAUGAAGAGAGCGCGCGCUGAAAAAGGUAUGGAAGUGACCCAUCUCCCCUCUCCCCGGCGGGUGGCCGUGCCUGUCUUAGUCAGGGAUGGAAAGCCUUGUCAUACUCUUAAAGCUCAGGACUUGGCGGCCACAUUUCAGGCUGGAUUCCCCCUCUCGGCAUAUAGCGCCCAGACCCUUCAUCAAAUGCAAUAUAAUGCUCAGUACAGCGCCGCCACCACGCCACAAUUCCCUUCAGCACAUCACUUGAUGCAAACGCAACAGUGGACUUGGUGAACUAGUAGAGACUGGCGGGGCUGCCCUUUAAGAGCACGAUAGGGGGUUCACUACAAAAUAAAGACUUUUCAUUUUGCAGCUUGACCCAUAGGCCUAUUUACCAUUUUUUGGGGGGCUAAUGUGUGCGCCAUGUUUACAUGUUUUCGUUAAGAGAACUGGGUCCAGCCUCUCCCUAGAUUUAAGAAUGUCAAUGCUCUUGUGAAAUUUUGUAAAGUAUGUUUGUGUGUUGUAGAAAUGUUUUCUUUUUGUCCUUCGUGUUAUAAGCACGUACAGAACCACUUUAUAAUUAUAGAAGAUUUCUUGCUUCUUUUACAAUGGACCGAAAAUAUUUAUGGCCAUGAAUAAACAUUGGCAACUUUUA